CAUUUUCCAUGGAAUACCCAUUCAAAAUGAAGCUAUCAGUUCUGAUCUCAACAAUCUUAGGACUUGCCCUCGGGAUGGCCUUUCCUCAACCAAGGGUUCCUCCAUUCUUUGGAAAGUAGAAUACAAGCUUAUCUAUCGCCUUUAUAAUAAAUAUAUUUAAUUAUUUGUG